AGGAUACUAGAUAAACAAUAUUAUCAAUAACAUGGGGUACUAAGUGUGUAUUUUGAUAAAACACAAUAUACCAAAUAGUUGUUUAAUUAACCUUAUAUCUUUUAGUUUGACUUAUUGCUAAAAUGGUAUCUUAAUUAAUUAGAUAUUUGCUUAUCAAUUUAUAGUAUUUUUUAUUAUUUAUAUAUUCAAACUGAAGUUUAAUUCACCAUUGAAGUACUAUACAUGUGUGUUUUUUUGAUUAAAUGUGAUACCAGAUAACAAAUAAGUGAUCAAUAAAGAAGAAAGAGGCACUCAUGAUGAGUCUGCUGAUUGUUAAUGUUAAUGUUAUUAUGAUUGGAUCAUUAUUAAUGACAAUAAUGUCCGCACUAGCUUCACCCAUUGCAAAACAAGAUUAUUGCCAAGCCAAGUGUGGAGAUGUAGAUAUUCCAUACCCUUUCGGAAUUGGACCAUCCGAAUGUUUUCUUGACGAACGAUUCGAAAUCUCCUGCCACAACUCUUCCACGCCUGUUCUCAAACACACUCAGCUACAGGUACUUAAUAUUUCAUUAAUUCCUGAUUAAUAAUGAUCCUCGUUCUCGUUAUUAUUAUAGCUAUGAUUACGAUCCCCAAUGGAUUGUGGUGAGAAACCCCAUUAGUUUCUUCGAUUGCGGAGACAAGACAAGGCAAAAAUCAGCAAAUUUAACAGGAACCCCGUUUUACUAUUCGCGUGGCAAUGUAUUCAUUGCAGUAAGUUGUGGUGCCCUGGCCAAGUUCGUAACAAAGUCAGGCAACAUGCUCUUCGAGAAUGGAUGCUCAUCCAAUAGUACAACAACUAAAUCAAGUAAUCAUAAUAUUAUUGAUUUUAGUAAUUGCGAUGGCGUUGAAUGUUGUACUACUUCCGUCGUCUUCCCUUCGGAUGUUGUGGGCAACAACUUGGAAAUCUCCAUGGAUAAUGAUUCUUCUGGUACUCCUGCAAAUCAUAGCCAAUGCAAAUAUGCAUUCUUGAUAGAUUAUGAUGAAAUGUAUAAAUAUAAAACAUUUCGUGAUCUGGAUUAUGUUCCCGUCCGACUAAGUUGGUCCCUUAACAGUACGUAUUUCGAUGUAUUUAAAACACCUUUUAUACCAAACAAAACUAGCAACUUCGAUUGUCGAACUUCGACGGAGGACUAUGGUAAUUUAUUAAAAUCCUCUUUGGAUCGAAUAAGUGAUUGUUGGUGCAGUACUGGACUUCGAGGGAAUCCCUAUCUGGUGGGUGGGUGUAGUCAAGAUAUUAAUGAAUGCAUUAAGAUUGAAGGGUUAUGUCCUGGAGGCUCCACUUGCGUGAACACUUUCGGGCACUAUCACUGUAGUUAUAAACGCAAGGCUAUCUUUAUAGGUGUGGGGAGUCCUCUUGGAUUAUUAGUUCUACUUUUUUGUACAUGGAGACUAUACAAAUUCAUAAAGAAAAGAAAAGAAAUUAAACGCAAGAAAGCAUUUUUUAAACGAAAUGGCGGCCUUUUGUUGGAACAGCAAAUACACUCGAGUGAAAACAAUGUCGAGCAAACGAAGCUGUUCGAAUCAAAAGAGUUAGAGAAGGCAACUGAUAAUUUCAAUAUAGACAAAGUUCUUGGGCAAGGAGGCCAAGGCACUGUGUACAAAGGAAUGUUGGAAGAUGGAAAGAUUGUUGCUAUAAAGAAAUCUAAAAUAAUUGAUGAAGCCAAACUCUCUGAAUUCAUCAACGAGGUUGUCAUUCUUACACAAAUCAAUCAUAGAAAUGUUGUCAGGCUAUUGGGAUGUUGUCUGGAGACAGAUGUUCCAAUUCUAGUUUAUGAAUUCAUCCCAAACGGAACACUUUCUGAGUAUAUUCAUGACAAAAAUGCAGAGUUUCCUUUCACAUGGAACAUGAGAUUACAAAUUGCCACUGAAGUUGCAGGAGCUCUUUCAUACUUACACUCAGCAGCUUCUUUUCCAAUUUAUCAUCGAGAUAUCAAGUCUACGAACAUACUCCUUGAUGAAAAAUUGAGAGCUAAAGUUGCAGACUUUGGUACAUCAAGAACUAUCUCCUUAGAGCAAACUCACCUGACCACUUUAGUUUAUGGCACAUUUGGCUAUCUAGAUCCAGAAUACUUUCAGUCUAGCCAAUUCACAGAUAAGAGUGAUGUUUAUAGUUUUGGAGUAGUUCUUGUCGAACUCUUGACCGGACAAAAAGCUAUAUCUGCAACAAGGUCAGAGGAGGAAGGAAGAAGUUUGGCAACAUAUUUCAUGAUGACGAUGGAGGAAAAGAGUAAUAGUAGUGUGUUCGACAUUCUUGAUGAUCAAGUUCUCAAAGAUGCGCCAAAAGAAGAGAUCUUAAUUGUUGCUGAUCUUGCAAAGAGAUGCUUGCAUUUGAGUGGAAGGAAUCGACCUACCAUGAAAGAAGUAGCAAAGGAGCUAGAGAGGAGGAUUCAAGGCAUUGAUAAUAAAGAUUCUAAGGGUAGUCAACAACAUAAUUAUGAUUAUGAUGAAGAGCUAGCAUAUGCACCACCUGAAGUUAUAGACUACUCUUGGAAUGCUUCCACAUCGUCAACUUUUGAUAGGAAUGCUACUAGCUCCUCGUUGCAGCAAGAGUUACCAUUGUUGGAAGUGUGAACAAAUAGUAAUAUCCCUUUUGUAGUACUCUUCACUUUAUUUUCUUUUUAUUUCAAAUUUGAGAGAUCAAUUAUACAGUGGAAUACUUUAUUGGUUAAUAUUGUUAAUUUUGGUUCCAUCUCUUUGUAUAAGCAUUCAACGCUUGGUACUUUUACUAUAUUAUGUAAUAUAGUAGUACUCGUGUUUU